AUGAAUUCAUUGAUAAUCGUUCUUAUACUGCUGUCUAUGGUCAACCUCGCCCCAGCACAGUUCGGCUUAUACAUCGGCCCACAACCUUGGAUGUACGGAGGUUACGGUGGAGGUUAUGGUGGCGGAUGGGGAUUUAGGAGGCGAUGGUGGAGACGACCAUAUUGGAGACGACCGUGGUUCGCACGACCAUAUUAUUAUGAUCCGUUCUGUUGUUAG